GAAGAUGAAUCUCUUAUUAACGAGUUUGUUCUUACUCUUCUUCUUCUUCUUCUUCUUCUUCUUCCAAUCUUAUUCCGUGCUUUCCCUUCGUAUGCUUGAAGCUGAUCCAUGCGGUCCCACAUCGCAUCGGGACCCACGAACUCUCCGCUCUGAUCAAAUCACGAUCCUCAUCAACGGCUUCUCGGAGUCCCGCAUCCCUCUCCUCCAAUCAAUUACCGCCGCGUAUUCGGCCUCCCCGAUCGUCUCGGCGGUGCUUGUUCUCUGGGGAAACCCUUCCACAUCAGCCCAAACCCUUGAAGAAUUGGCCCAUAAUCUCACUCUCUCCUCGUUCGGCUCCGCAGCCAUCUCUUUGUUCCGCCAACCUUCCAGCAGCCUCAACGCCCGGUUCCUCCCUAGACCCACCGUGGAGACACGCGCCGUCUUGAUCUGCGACGACGACGUCGAGAUCGAUUCGAAGUCCUUUGCUUUCGCUUUCAGAAUAUGGGGAGCGAACCCUGACCGCUUGAUCGGGUUCUUUGCCAGAUCGCACGACUUUGAUCUGUCGAGGAAGGAAUGGAUCUACACCGUCCAUCCUGACAGGUAUUCGAUCGUGCUAACCAAGUCCAUGAUAUUGAAAACAGAGUAUCUGUUCCAGUACAGCUGCGGUGGUGGGGCCGCGAUGCAUCGGAUGAGGGAGAUCGUUGAUCGGAUGCGGAAUUGCGAGGAUAUAUUGAUGAAUUUUGUGGUGGGGGACGAGGUGAAUGCUGGGCCCAUUUUGGUAGGGGCAGAGAGGGCUAGAGAUUGGGGGGAUGCUCGUAACGAUAAGGAUGACAUUGAUGAUGGACGGCGAGGAUUAAUGGGAGAGGUGGCUCAGGUGGGGUUGAGUAGUAGGAGAGGUGAGCACAGGAAGAGGAGAGGGGAAUGUAUAAGAGAGUUUCAUAGGGUGAUGGGAAAAAUGCCGUUGAGAUAUAGUUAUGGGAAGGUAGUUAAUUCAGUUGGUGAACAAGGACUGUGUCAAAAAGGUAGGAAAUUGGUCUUUUGUGAUCAAUAAACGAAAAAGAAUUGACGAAAUGUAAAAAAAAAAAAAGGGCAAAAACAAACUAGAUUUUGGCUAUUUAGCUAUUUAUUAUUAUUAUUAUUUUUAAUAACAGGAAAAGUAAUUUGUUUUGAUAUAUGAA